AUGGCCACCAUUUACCAGAAUGUAGUAACUGUUUCUGGGCUUGGAUCUGUGAGCGCAGGUGAAUCAGUUAAUUUUUGGCUUCCAAACGGAAAUAAGAUAGCUUUAGUCGGAUCCCUCACUUUUUAUUAUCUAAAAGAUGGAGCAGAUCCUUCAAAUAAGAUGAUCUUAUAUACAAAUUCUAUUUCAGAACCUCUUUUUAGUUUCUCGAGUGCAUUAUUCAGCUCAGCAUCAAUAACAAGCCCUUCAGGUGCAGCUUAUACUGUAGGCGGUUCUUCUACUACUACUGCAAGCCUCAAAACUCCAUGAGCUACAACAAUUUCUAAUUAUGUUGGAAUUGGACUUUCUCCAGGCUUUACUUUGCCAAGCAGCUAUACAUUGACCAUAGGAUCUACAACAUUAACACCAGUUUAUGGUGUUUCUUCGUCAAGUAGCUCCUUUGCAGGUGGAUUCGUUAUCGGAUUAAUUCCAUCUGGAUCCUCGGUCUCACUCAAUAGUAGUACUGCUACUAGUUUGACUUUGAGUAGCUUAAAUGCUCCACCAACUACUGGAGCAUCUGAAGAUGGUACUACAGCUGGAAGUUUCGUAGUGUACGCAACAGGCAUAAUAGGAGCUGCCUGUUAUUCUAUAAGCACAAUUUCUAGUAUUAAGGUAAGCGCUGCUACAAUUACAUCGGAUACGUGUUCAAUGGACAAGUUAUACACUAAAGGUUCAGAUUCAGUUGAUUCUACACUAACUCUUACAUUUGCAACUGUAAAUCCAGUCACUGCUGGCGGAAUGAUUUCUAUUGUUCUUUCAGACUCAUUCACUGUCUUCACCUCAAGCUCAACAAUCCAAGGUACAACUUGUCAAGGUGUUGGGUUCACUGAUUACUCUGCAGAUUAUCCUCAAAAAUGUGUCAUAAGCUCAUCGACAAUUACCUUGUCUCAAUUUUCUCAAAUUCCUGCAGGAGUAGUUACCGUAAAGGUGUUCCAUAUAAUCCCAUCCUCCACUACUACAACCUCAUUAACUUGUUUUACAUCUGUAAAUACUUAUCAUGCUGCAACUAAUGGUUAUCUUAUAGACUCUAUGACUAGUGGGAUAACUAAUGCCGUUACUGUAGCAGCUUCAACUGCAGCAGGUACCACAAGUACCGAUUAA